UUUAAUCUGAUAUUUUCAUCCUAAUAGUAAUCAGGAUGUGACAGAAGAUCGUAAACUGUCGUGCACUAAAAGGCUUGUGCAUCUUAUCACAACUCUUAAAAUCAAAACUUCCUUGAGCAUCUCUGUAUCUUUGUUUUUGUUCGACUUGAAGUACAGACGGAUUCAACUCCCUUUCUUCAUAGUUUCUCUGUCAUUGUUUUACGAGGGUUUUUAAUUUCAACUUCGGUGGCUAUAGAACUCUUGAUUGGAAUUAUCGAACUCAAUAGAAUUCGGGAGUUUCUGAGUUUAGUUAUUAAUUCAUGGAUGAUGGAGAGUUUGAUUUCUCGAACCAAGUCUUAAAGAAUAUGGAACAUCAAUUAACGAGUAGUUGUGCAAUGGAUAGUUGUUUUUUCAAUGAUAUCCUCGAUCAUACUCAUGGAAGUAAUCAUACCAAUAGUACUUCCAACCAAACCGAACAAGGUAUGCCCGAAUUACCACACUCACAGAAUUAUAUCAAUUUCAGCACCAAAAACCUUCCGGCGGCAGAAAAAAAUACUACUGAGGGAACAGAUGAAUCUGAUGACAACAAACCCAAAAAACGCCAACAUGGGAAUAGAGAGUCGGUUCGUAAGUAUCGGGAGAGAAAGAAAGCCCGGCAAGCUUCAAUAGAGGAUGAGCUUAACAGAAUGAGGAUCGUAAAUCAGCAGUUGUUAAAAAGGAUGCAGGGACUAGUUUCUCUUGAGCAAGAGGUAGCAAGGUUCAAGUGUCUACUUGUAGACAUUAGGGGAAGGAUUAAAGGAGAACUUGGAUCAUUUCCUUAUAAAACUCCCACCAACGGGAUUGGUGUCAUUCCUCAAAAGAUGCCCCUGCCGCCUACUUCAGCUGGAGCUUGUGAGGUGAACCACUGCGACCACCAAUGCCCUGAAUCUCUGGAGUUUGGAAAAGCAAAUGUGAGGUUGAAGACUAAUUUUAGUACUUCCACUGCUGCCAAGAAGCGAAAAGGAAAGACCUUAAACAGAUGCUUGAAUCAUGUAUAGCUGAGCUGCAAAGGACUAGAAUUGGAGGCGCGAAGAGAUGGACAUCCCACCCAAAAGAGUGGCAAAAUCUCGGGGUUAAGCUUUUGGUCUUUUUGUUGCCCAGGAUCAAGUGCUACCAUGAGGGUUAAUAUCAGUGUGAAAGUAUGUGUGUGAAAGUGGUUUUAUGGAGUGCUAGUAUGUGGUCUGUAUGCUAGGGUUUCUACUUGUGUUUCCUUUGUUAUUAGCCAUGGAGGCGAUUUAAAUGUGAGAACGUUUUGAGAAUGUCCAGUGAGUGGAUUUCUAAG